AAACAUAAUUUUGAAUGACACUUUUAUUAUGUUCUAACUAUGUUUCUGAUAGUACUUAGUACUUAUAAUUGUGGUACGUUAUGUUUGUUCUGUGAAAGAUUAAAAUAGGUUAUGUUGUGUUUACAAAUGUAACAUACAGUUGAAAAUUUCACGAUUUAAAAAAAAACUUUUGCCCUAAAUAGUUUUCAGAUUGAAAUACUAUCAUCAUGGAAUAUGACCAAGAGCUUUCCGAUGAUGAAAUAGUAGUGCAGUGUAUCAACAAUUGUUCAUUUCAAAAUAAUCCAUCUGAAAGAUUAGCCAAUUUUUAUAAGGUUCAAGAACUUCUUCUACGAAAAAGCCCCCAUUUAAUUUCUAAAUAUCUACCGAAUGUUCUCAAUUUCACAACAGAUAAAAACGCUGAUGUUAAAAAGGCUUUAGUUGGUUUUAUAGAAGAAUUAGUGAAAGUUAGGGAAAUUUUCAUACCGAAAUUGAUGUUGAGUCUACAUAUGCUUUUAUGCGACGAAUCUAUACCCGUACAAAAACGUGUCAUUCAAGCUACGAUUACGAUCUAUAGAAAAACUUUAGCGUGGUUAUGUAGAUCUUCUACUACUACUCAAGACAUGGAAGACGCCUGGAAACAACUUUGUACAAUAAAAUUAGAAAUUGCCAAUAUGAUAGACAGUGAUAACGAUGGUAUUCGAACAAGUUCUGUCAAAUUUUUAGAAUGUGUGGUUUUAUUACAAACUUAUCCGGACGAAAACGAAAACAAAAGACCAAACGACUUUUCUUUAGAUGAUGUCCCACUUACAUUGAAAAUUGCAAGAAGAAGACGACUAGAAGAGGAAGCUAGUAAUCUUUUUGAAGUUUUAAUAAAAUUCCACGGAUCUCCGCAUAUCAGCAGCGCCAAUCUAUUAGCUUGCAUCGGUGUUUUAUCUAAUAUUGCUAAAAAUAGGGCUGAAUUUAUGUUUAGGGUAGUAGAAGCUUUAGAAUCAUUAUAUAAUAAUUUACCCCCAACUCUAACUACUACUCAAGUCAGUUCUGUUAAGAAAAAACUCAAAACUGAAUUAAGUAGUUUGUUAAAACAUCCGGGAUCUUUCGAUUAUCACAAUACAAUUUCAAAGAUUCUAUUGGAAUUGGGUUGUUCCCAAUCUGAAAUUAAUAAAAUGGUUCCGAAAUCUGACGAACGGCGUAAAUAUAAUAAAAGGCAACUUUCGUCUGAGUCGUUAGUAGUUCAACAUAACUCAAAGAGGGCUCGUUUGGACGAAAAUAUUACUAACUACGUCGAAAUGGAAAACAACUUUGAUCAGCAGCUGACGCCGCAGGAAAUCAACGAACAAUUCAUUUUGGAAAAUUUAACAUUAGAGAAAGUCGUUUACCUCAUUGUUACUAAUAUUUCUAAAUUACCAAAUCAGCCCCCAUCCGAAUUUAUAAAAGAAUACGCAAAAUAUGUUGAAUCUGGCAACAUUGGUAAAAUAUUUCUUUGCAACAUAUUGGCUAAGCAAUUCACCGACGCACACGUAGGGCCCGGAAAAUCGACUGAAAAAGACAAGGAAUUGGAAAAUAAAAAGAAAAUACGAGAAGAUGGAGACAAGGAAAAGCCCGUUUCCAAAAAGGAAAAAAUAAAAGUCUUAAGGAUCAAAACAUUGAAAUUACAAGAGAUCACCAAACCGUUAGACCGCGAUUUGAAAGAAAAAUUCAUGAUAAAUACUGUCGAACGUUUGUUGAUACCUCAUAGAUCCGCUAAUAAGACGCUCCACCAAAAAAUAAUCACCACUUUAGCGACGUGCUUCAGUUCAGUUGUCAGAGAUCGAAUAUUAGCACAUCUCCUCAAAGAUCUUAAAUCAUAUGUAGACAUAGCAUUGGCUUGGUUAUUUGAGGAGUACAGUAUAAUGCAGGGUUUUUCUAGGGCUCCUCCUCUUCGAAAAGACGGUAAAUUAACAGACAGUUACAAUUUGUUGUUAUGUAGUUUCAUCAAUGUUUCGGCGAUGGAUACGUUAAUUGUAUCACGUUUACUUUUGGAAGCUCCUUUAGUUACCGACGACGCUUUGGAAGAAGUAAGAAUCGUUUGUCGAGACGAGAGACGAUCUGGUUGGGCUUUAGGGCUUAUAAGAGAUUUGGUAAUUAGAAAACCCCCGAAGCAACUGCUAUUUUUGAACACCCUUCUAGGAUAUACAACGUACGAAAAUAACGUAGUUCGAGAUCACGCUAUCGGUCACGUUUUAGAAUUACACAAGAGAUUCGAUUUGAGAUUGGUGAUAGAAGAAUUCGCUAGAAUGAAUUUGGGUUUUUUGAAGUUACCGAAACCUCCAGAAAGUUUGUGCGGUUUGAAUCAAGGCAGAUUAAAAAGCGAAAAUUGGAGCGACGAUUUUAUAAAAGCUUGUUUACUACCUUAUAUAUCGUUAGUUCCCGCUAACGAAACCCUCAUACACGAUUUAGCUAAAAUAUACGUCGAAACAGGAGCCGAUAUAAAACGUGUUAUCCUCAGACUUAUCGAUAAUCCCGUCAGAAUUAUGGGAAUGCAAUCGAAGGAUUUGUUGAAAUUGGUCGAGGAUUGUCCUAAAGGAUCGGAACCUCUCAUCACUAGAAUAAUUCACAUAUUGACGGAUAAAGGAGCACCUACUCCGGAACUUGUGGCAAAAGUUAGGGAUCUAUAUAAUACAAGAAUAUCCGAUGUCAGAUUUUUGAUUCCUGUACUUAACGGACUCACAAAGAAAGAAGUAAUGGCGGCAUUACCAAAAUUGAUAAAAUUAAAUCCAGUUGUCGUACGGGAAGUGUUCAAUAGACUGUUAGGUAUACACGGUGAGAGUCCGAUUAGUCCAAGUGAACUACUGGUGUCGCUGCAUCUGAUCGAUUCCACCCAGGCGGAUUUGAAAACGGUUAUCAAGGCGACGUCUAUGUGUUUGCAGGAAAAACAGGUUUAUACUCAAGAGGUUCUAGCAGUGGUACUACAACAAUUAAUGGAUCAAUCCCCUCUACCGACUCUAUUAAUGAGAACCGUUCUCCAAGGUUUAUCCAGCUAUCCGAGAUUAUCCGGAUUCGUGAUGAACAUUUUGCAGAGACUCAUAUUGAAGAAAGUUUGGAAUCAAAAAGUGGUGUGGGAAGGGUUCAUCAAAUGUUGCCAACGCACUAAACCCCAAAGUUUCGCUGUUCUAAUGCAGUUGCCACCGUUGCAACUACAAGAAGCAUUGAACGUUUGUCCCGACUUGAGGGAUCCCCUUCGAGAACAUUUGUUGACGUUCACCGAAGCCCAAAGAGGACACAUUCCAUCGGCUACACAAGAAAUUAUACUACAAACUUUCCCCAACCCCAACGAAAUGAUGGCUAUGAAUAUGACCGGCCAUAUUGGGAUACCUACAGCGGUACCUCCGCCUAUGGGUGUACCGGCACCGAUGGGGGUUCCUGCGCCUGUUGGAGUACCUCCUCCGUUAGGGGUUCCAGCACCUGCAAUACCAAUUGCAGAGACUCCGGCUGUAGAAGAACCUAGUGCACCACCUCAAACGGAACCUCUACCUCCGGGAAUGGAAUAAAUAGUAAAUAGCUUCAAGUUUAAGAAAAAAAAAUAAUGGAAAAAAUGUGAAAUAAAAAAUGAAAGUUUUAUACUACACCCUUUAUAUA